AUCAAAUGCCUAACUUCUCCUGCGUCUCUCUAAAUCUUGGGUCACAACCUCUGACCUUUAUUUACAGACUACGAGGACACAACAUAUUUUGACAAAAAAAACUAUUGUAUUUUAUUACACAUUUAGUCUUGGGUGAGAUCUACAGUCUGUGUUAUAUGUUGUGUAUUUCUAACACUUGUCUCUGGCAACCAUGGAGGAGGGAGCCUCUGUGGAAACCAAAAAGGAAUUAAACUCAGAAAUUGAAGCAGCUGCAGCAGCAGUGAUGGAUGGUACAGAAAUGAUUCAUGUAAUGACUUCAGGAUCUGUGACUCUUCCAAUAACAUUAACACAGGGUGGUCUUAUGUCUUUGUCUUCCCCUUCACAGAAUAUGAGUGAUCAGGGAAUCACAUACUUACUACAGGGUGGCAGCAUGUCCAAUGGUGGUCAGGUUGUCAUGUCUGGAUCAGAUUUAACUUUGAGACUUAAAGAAGGCAACACUCAAGUUGUUCAAGUGCCCACUGGCUCACUGCAACAGGUGGAUUGGGCAUCAAAAUUAAAAGAACUUCAACAUGCUCAGCGCAUUGAGCGUUUGCGAGAAGAGCAAAGACAAGUUCAAGAUCGUGUGACACAAAAGAUGCAGUUUGAACAGAAAUAUGAACCUUGUGUGGUGUGUGGAGACAGGGCAUCAGGUCGACAUUAUGGUGCAAUUAGUUGUGAAGGCUGUAAAGGUUUUUUCAAACGUUCAAUCAGGAAACAGUUAGGUUAUGCUUGUCGGGGGGCAAGAGAUUGUCCGGUGACCAAACUUCAUCGUAAUCGAUGUCAGUAUUGUCGACUUCAGAAGUGCCUGGCUGUGGGGAUGAGGUCAGAAUCUGUACAACAAGAACGUCGUCCAAGUGACCAGAGAGAUAAAAUACCUGGUACAGUGGCCACAUCUACACAGCGUAUAUAUAUCAGAAAAGAUUUUAACAGUCCAUCGGCUGCUAUUCCAACUUUCAGUCCUAAGCCUUUAGAUGAUCCCAAGUACGGUAGUCUAUUGGCUAACCUUCAAGAACGUGUAGUGCAUACAGAUCAGGGCAUGGUGGUACUGAGCUCUCAGAUGUCUCCUAGUUCUACCAUUAAUACAGAUCUGACCACCUUAGCCAAUGUUGUCAGCACAGUCAGCAACACUGAAGUGCUGACAAACUUGGCCAUUGAAGCUCUGGCAACACUUGCAGAUGUAGUGUGUACAGUUAACAACACUGAAGACUUGUCCACACUAGCUAGUGUAGUCACAACUUUAGCCACCAUGGGUAAGGAGGAAGUCACUCUUGAUGAUUUCUCUGCUGCCCCAAUGGGUUCUCCUCACAACAAUGGUGAUGUCAGACACAAUACCUUAGAGUCAGCAGCAAGAGCAUUUGACAACUUGGCCAAAUCAGUUCAUAGUCCACAAAGCCAUAUGGGAGUUCUAGAGCAGUCAUCUCUGUCUGAAAAUAGUUUUGAUCAAUCUGCUAAUAGUGAUGGUGAAAAUUCAAUGCUCAUAGAAACUCAAGGUCCUUUAUUAACAGAAGGAAACUUUGCUUUUACUUUAACAACUCCAUCUCCGAUGCCCACAUAUUUGAAUAUUCAUUAUAUCUGUGAAAGUGCUUCACGUCUUCUCUUUCUCUCCAUGCAUUGGACUCGUUCAGUCACAGCCUUUCAAGAGCUCAAUGCUGACCUCCAGACAGCGUUAGUGAGAUCUUGUUGGAGUGAGCUAUUCACCUUAGGACUAGCCCAGUGUUCAUCUACCAUGUGUUUGCCUACUAUGUUGGCAGCCAUCUUGAACCAUCUACAAGCAAGUUUACAACGGGGAGAUCAUGGUAACCAAGAGAAGGUCAAGAAUGUAAUAGAACAUAUUAUACGUCUGCAGGACUACGUCAGUCAUACACAAAGUCUGAACAUAUCCCCUGCAGAGUAUGCGUAUCUUAAAUCUCUAGUACUCUUUGCUCCAGACAACCCUAAUGUCAGAGACAAGAGACUGAUAACUCGUCUGCAAGAAAAGGGUCGCCGUGAACUUCUUCUGGCAUGUUCCUCUCCAGGCAGUUCUGAGCGUGUGUCUCAACUCCUGCUUCGGCUGAUACCUCUGAAAACAUUUGUCCCAGCCAUUAUGGAAGAGCUUUUCUUUUCUGCUCUCACUGGCUCUGUUCAAAUCGACAACAUAAUUCCUUAUAUUCUUCGUAUGGAAACGGCUGAAUACAACCUUCAGAUGACAGGACAGACAGGUGCUGCUGCUGUGGCUGGGAUUACUGGUGGGAUAGGUGUGCCUGCAUUACAUGACCCUAAUGCACCAAACCAGCCUCCCAGUGUGCCCAUCCUUCUUGAAUCAAGCCAGAACCAGCUUGGGGAAGCCAACAAUGCCAGAGGGAACAGGGAUUCGACUGCUACCACCACACAUAAUACCAACAUGGGAAUAAGAGCCUCUUUGCUAUCAGAAGCUGGUCAGGUUCUGACACUCUACACAGAUGUCCCAGUAACAUCGUCACACAACUCUUCAGCGACAUAAAAGUGAUAUUACAGCUGUAUUUAUUGUUCUUUGUUCAAGACAUAAUAUCAUGAAAUAUCAAGUCACUGCAUUGAUAUGUUGGUGUAUAUAUUAUUAUUUAUCGUGUUUUUUUAAUGACAUUUUGAGAGAUAGUUUUUAUUUCACUGCUUUUUGUUUUGUUUAACUUUCAAUUUGUUUCUUAAACCUUGCCCUCCAAUGUCUGUACAAACUUCUUGCCUCAAAGUAGUGAUAUCAUUGAUUUGAGAGAAACUCUUGACAUGUAGGUAGUGUUGAGUAUGUUUGUUGAAAGCUGUAUGCUCUUGUUUGAAUGUCUUUUAUCAUUACCCAUGUCUCCUAUUUCAGCGCUUUAAAUCUCUGUAUUUUUCAAUGUCAAUGACAAUUAUUAUGCCCCUCAACCUCUAUGUAUUUUCAAAUGAUUGUGUGGAGGAUCCAAAAAAUGGUGCAGAUGUCAUCAGUUAUUCUGUCUAAAGAUUUGUUCUUUUAAGUGGGCUGCUAUUUUUGGUUUUGAAUUCUUGUGAAGUGUUUUUAUAUUUGUUUAGGAAAUGUUCAUAUUAAGAUUAUAAAAAAUACUUUCCAGCAUCUUUUUCUGAAACAUCUUUUUUUUUUCCCAAAGGAUUUUGAUCUUGAGACUUCUGUUAAUGCAGGAUAGGUUUUAAUGUAGGAUAUGUUCUAAUGCAAAUAUGUUUAAAUGUAUUCAAUGUUUUAACCUGUUUUAGUCCAGAAAAGUUUUCCCAAAUGACAUGAAGAGCUCCUGACAUGUCACACUGUGGUCCCUGUCUCUUAUCUUGGCUUCAUUCUUACACAAACCUUUACCUCAUCUGUCCCAUGACUGUCUUGUGUCAAAAAGUCUGAACACUUUUGAUUUUCUUCUUGUUUUGAAGUACACUUAUAAAAGUUGUGUACAAAUUAUUUCAAUUUCUGUUACAUGACCUCACAUCCAUUAUUUUAUCAAUAUAUACAACUAAAGAAACAAUUGUUUUAAAAUUGAUACAUUUUUAAUGUACAUAUUUGGUUCAAAUAUAUUUCUCACUUGUGCAAUCUGUGCCAUAUUUGGAUGAUGCCAAUUCUAGUACAGUUACAUCCUGGCUUACUUCUAGGAAAUGUACCUAACCCUGGUGUCUAAAGCUAGAUUUGCACUAUCAUUAUAUUAUUUCUUUUGGCAGCCAUACAUCAUUUAAAGAUUUAUUUGUUCAUGUCUAGAUUUCAGGUACACUAUGAGACAUGUACUAGGGGGAAAAAAUGCAGUGUUUGCAGCAAGAGCUGAUAGUGAAAUGUUGGUUGGAACACUUACUUGCUCUGCUUGCAAUGUAUAUGGCCUCUAGUCACAAAGCCACUAUGGUUCAUUUCAUAGACAUGAAAGCCCGGGCAUUAGCUUUGGUUGAAACAAUGUCACCCCCUUUCCAUUCAGCUGAUGUGUCAAAAGGAAUGACAAGUGCUGAUACAUCAGUGGCAUUGAAUUGUCUGCUGCAAGUUACCAGCUCCUGAUUUUUCCCAUCCAUGGUGCAGCUGCAAGAGAGUGGAGGGUUGAGUUUCACCUAGGUGGGUAGCCAAUGAGCCCCUCCUGCCUGAAACUGACUGGUUUAGGUGCCACUCAUAUAUUUGUCCCUGUCAGUAGGAACAGUUCCACCAGAUCCAUUAUCUGAGCCAUAGUAGAAGCAGUGGAGUGUUUCUAUCCAUUACCACUUCCAGCAAUGACAACCUUACAGAACCUGUUUGCAAUAGGGUUAAAAAUAUGGUUUAUUUUGCACUUUUGUACUUUUCAGGUGUUCUUUUUAGUCUUUAUCUACCAAUGUAUCCUGAAACUCCUGUAUGAGUAUUAUUAUUAUUACGUUUUUUUAGAGGAAUGAUUUGUUUUUGGGACUAAACGUGGGUCUAAUUAUUCCAAAGCAGGGAAUCAUUAUGGAAACACUGCGUCAAUACUUUAUUAGUCAGGAUGUAACUGUACACUUUCAAACCUUGUGUUCAGUGUGUAUAUUGAGAUGUGUACAUUGACUAGAGUCUUGUAUAAUAAAUCGUGUGUACAGAAGUGAGUAACAUUUAUUUAUUUCUUCAAUGCAGCACAUUUUUUGUUUAUCUUUGUCUUAGUGUGUGAUGGUGUUGAUGACCAAUUAUGUAAAUAUUAUAAUGUAUUUGUAAUCUUUAUAAAAAGAAGUGUUGCUGGUGUAGUGCUUUAACCUGUUGACAUAGUGUACAGGACAGGACUACAAUGAUAACAAUGUAGCAUUUGCUUCAUCUUUGUAAAUUCUUCUAAACUGGGAGACACCAAUGUAAAAGUAUAGUUCUAGUGAUCACUGCAAUGUGUUUAGACACAUUUAUUUCCUAGUGAUCUUGUAAAUAAUAGUGGACUUAAGGACGCAACUCUUAUAUUUAGAACAUUCAUUGAGUAGUCUAUUUGAUAGUUUGUACAGAUGUUAUGAAAGGGGGAAAAUAGGAAAACAAAAAUGUUAAUAACUUUAAAUUUAUUGCAUUCAUUAAAAAUAAUCAUUUGAUUAUGUUAUAGAUUUCUGAAAGGACAUGCUGAGUUUUUUUUUUUAACUAAAUUAAUAAAUUGCUUAUAAAAAUUUUAUUGUAUUUUUUUUUAAUUUAAAAAAAUGUAAUGUGUUAUAAUCAAAGACAAAGAUAGACAGACUAGUGAAUUUGUUUUCAGGAAUACGUCUUUGUUUUGUUGCCUUUAUUUAUCACAAGGCUACAGAAAUCCUAAAUGAACUUGUUCUCUAGGAAUCUCAUUGUUGUCAUGAGUUUAUUAUUUGUGUAUGCUUGUAUGCUACCAAUCUUGUUCCCUGUAUUUUAUUAAUAAAUUUCAAUUAAAAGAUG